AUGGGAGUGGGCGGGACCCAUCACGGAUGCGGAAGCCUAAACCGCGAUGUUUUGAAAGCAGCGAAAGUUUUGAAUCUUUUUCGACCGUUCACAGCAGUCAUAUGGACUAUUCGCGUUAUUGUGCUAGUUUUAGACAGUUGUUACUAAAGCACCACUUUUCCGCAAGAUUAACUUUGUAAGACGUGAGCAUAGUAAACGAGCUAGCUAGAAGGCUAGUGGUGACCAUUUGUAGCCAGAGUGUUCGAAACUUUCGACGGGAAGCGGCCAUGUCGUUGAGUUUCCGGUCGCUGGACACGUUUUCAGGGGAUGAAGAUGAGGAUAAUGAUAUGAAUGAUGCUACACAUCAAGCCAGUUUGAACACGACUUCAGAGGAAAGCAGUUGGAGCCACGUUAAGUCUCGGUAUCACCGCUUCAGGUCUCCGGUGCAGAGAUACUGGAGAAGCCAUUGGCCAGCCCGGAUCUGCUCCGUGCUGUGCUGUUUGGUCGUUGUUUCAUUUAUUGCUAUACUCUCUUCCUUCCUUUAUAUCAUCCUCAAAGAUCUUCGGGCAGAGAGAGUUCCCACUGAAGAUGGAACAGACGUAAGACUUCUAGGCUUUUGGAGUAUGUUGGUUCUCUCAUCCUUGGCUGGAGUGUUAUGUUGCAGCUUUUCCUGGACUCUAACCUACUUUGACUCAUUUGAGCCUGGGAUGUUCCCCCCCACACCACUUUCUCCAGCCAGAUACAGGCAAAUGACUGGCCACUCCUUUCAUAUGGGCUACAGCAUGGCUAUACUCAAUGGCAUCGUGGCUGGACUCACUUUCUUCUGGUGUCUUAUCUAAGACAUGCACACUCAUGUACCCUGCCAUUGCCUAGGACGCUAUCCUCACCUUAUCGGCAUGAUCACCAGGCACAUAUGGGUAAUUAAAAAAAAAAAGUACGAUGCAAAUUAUGCCCAUUGUUAUGUUGUUUUUUGUUUUUGUUUUUUAAUCAUAUAAAGUGUUAAAGCACAAAUCUGUUACUAAUUUUAACGCAAAUUAGUGAUUUCCACUUGCUAAAUCUGUGUUUUUAAGGAUCAGGACUCCGAUCUCUGAAAGCUCCUGUUAUUUAUUGGAAUGCACAUCUCGGUUUGUGUGCUAAAAGAACUCUAAUUAAAAUAGGAUAAUUAUGUGCACAACGCGAAUAGCGUACACAACCUGCUUAUUUGCCGCACGUACGGACUCAUUGGUCCAGGACAUCACUUAGUUGUGAUGUGCAUGAAAUGCGCAUAUUAUGUGAUUAAUGAAAUGCAGGUAUCUGGUCUCUCUUGUGUUUUAUUAAGGCAGACAGUCUUGUAAUGAAAUAAAUAGUUAAUAAUCUGGCUGUUGAAAGAGAUGGAGAUUUAACAUCUUUUGCGCUGAUUCGAUUUCAGCAGGAGCGUUCUGUUUGAAACGAAAUUAGCUAAUGCACUGCUUCAGCUGAUGCUGAGAUUUAGUCAUGUUUAGCUAGAACAUUUUUUCUUUCUUCCUUCUGUUUGUGUUUUGGUUUGAGUUAUUGCAUCUGCCAGGAAAGGACAUCAUGAACCUUGUGAACUCUUAAACUACAGCCUCGUAAACUCUCGUCUCGUAAUAUAAGGAAUUUACGUCUGGGUUUUAGUCUGGUUUGAUUCGAUUCCAAACACCUCAUGCUCCUCUCUCCCCUGCUGUAAAUCUGAUACGCUGUUACAGCAAAUGUCCAAAUCGUCCUAGUCAUCAAAGAAAGGACCUCGGGUCUGGUCUCACAUUCACACUUGCAUCAGGAGGGUAUGCAAAUCAUUGCACUGGAGCAGGACAGGAACAUCUCGGCUGUACACAUACUAAUCGCAUGCUAAAAAGAUGGGUGAUCAUUCCUGUUUAAGAUGUAUAUAUUGUAAAGGUCUUAAAUGCUCCUAGACAUAGAAUAACCUUCAGACGCUUACAUCUAUGCAGUUACGGGAUGUCUCGAACAUUUCUCUCAUGUUCUGUGAUAUUAUUUUUGUCAUAUAUUCUAUUUGUUUUAAAUAUCUUGUCCUCCUUUUGUUGUAUUUUUAGUUGCAGAACAGUCCCAAAUUCACACCUCCAGCAGUUCCUCAGAAUAAACUCUAUCCUCUUCUGUGAUGUAUUAUUAUUUGUCUUAUUUUCAUUGUUGGCAUUAUACCUGUGGACCACUCAGAAAUAUAAAAAAAAAAAAUAAUAAUUACUGAUUUAGACCUCAGCUUGUACAUCAUUUUAUCAUUCUCAUUUAAUUCAUGUAUAAAAGAACAAAGGUCAAUAAACACAAAUGCCCGAGUAA